AUGAUAGCAGUAAAGCCCAUUUAUGUAUUCCGGCUCUUGGAUCGCACCGAGUCAUAUGGUGACGGCAUCACUUUCUUUCUAUUCCGCGACACAUCUUCCGAUCCUCCUCCAAGUUCUUCUGAUGGUGGAGGUCUUGCACUGUUCAGCACCGGUAAACCAGAAAAUACGUCGGAAAGCAAUACAGUUGCGGUUGAGUUUGACACCUUCAAGAACGCAUGGGAUCCAAGUGCAGAUCAUGUCGGUAUUAACGUUAACUCGAUUGUAUCCGUGGCGAACGUGUCGUUAGAAAAGGAUAGUUUGAAGGAUGGAAGAACUGCUAAUGCUUGGGUAACUUACAAUGGCACUACAAAAAACCUAAGUGUUUUUCUAACUUAUGAUAAUAAUCCGGUUUUCAGAGAGCAAAAUCCUAUUUUGUUUCACAUUGUUGAUCUAAGCAAGGUUCUACCCAGGAAGAUUAUUGUUGGAUUUUCAGCUUCCAUGGGAAGCGGAGUGGAAAUCCAUAAAAUCCUUUCUGGCAAUUUAAUUCCACGUUUGAUGGCGCUGAUGCACGCAAAAGGAGAUUCAAACUUACCCAAUAGAGCUCCAGACUACAGUGGAAGACGAAGAAAUUUCUGGCUGGGUGAAGGUUUCAAUAACCUAAAACAAGACAAGAUAACCAAAGCAACAAGAUAA